GAGUAGCCUAUGCAUGAUGCCUCAACGGAGAGUAAUAGAAUUUUACAGGCUGAAUUAAUAUAUAAAAUAGGUGAUAUUUAUACAAAUGUAUAUACACUUGAAGUCUCCUUUAUAUACAACUGGCUCUUUUUGUUUUCAUUUAAAUAUAACGGGCAUUUGUCCAAAUUGUUGCAUUAUAUCCUUGCAUCAAUAUUUAUCAUUCUUGUGAUAUACUAGAGAGUGAUUUCACCAGGAUGUGUCACCGAGUUCUCAUCUGUCAGGUGUGCGCUGAUCGGAAGUGGGCGUGGUCGUUCCAGGACUCCUCCCAUAGCAACCGCUCGAGCGUGCAAGCAGUUCCUCGAGUGGAGACGCCGGAAGCGCACGUGAAAUCUUGCCGUCGCAACGCACGCCAAAUGAGCGUCCGUGAGCCGGGACAGGGGUUACAGCCGCCGUCAUGAACGACAAAUACCACCGGGCGGCUCGAGACGGUCACCUGCACCUGCUGAAAGAGGCGAUGCGCAGAGAUCUGAACGCGCCGGAUGAGGAUGGCAUGACGCCGACGCUGUGGGCCGCGCACCACGGCAACCUGGACGCGCUCAGACUGCUGGUGGCGCGAGGAGGAGAUCCAGAUAAAUGUGAUAUUUGGGGAAACACUCCUCUUCACCUGGCAGCAGCUAAUGGCCAUCUCAACUGUCUGUCCUUUUUGGUGUCAUUUGGUGCCAAUGUGUGGUGCUUGGACAAUGACUACCACACGCCACUGGACAUGGCGGCCUCUAGGAGCCACAUGGACUGUGUGCGAUAUCUGGACACUAUCGCCGCCAAACAGAUCACCAUCAACCCCAAAGUGGUGAGCAAAUUAAAGGAUCGUGCCUUCCGUAAUGCAGAGAAACGCAUUAAGAACUGCGAAAAGCUCCAGCGUAGGCAUCACGAACGCAUGGAGAAGCAUUUCUUGAGAGAAAGUGCUGCAAUGGACACGUCAGAUACGAUGAGUUACAGCAGUUUCAGCAGCACCCUGAGCCGAAGGAUCCCUCAGUUCAACACCAUCGACUCCAACAUGACAUACUCACAGGCAACUCUUCAGUCCACAACAAGAGGCCGGACCAAGAUUCAGCGGCGACUUGAGAAGAAGAAGCAAGGUGAUGGAACGUUCAAGAUAUCUGAAGAUGGGCGAAAGAGUGUUCGCUCGCUCUCUGGUCUUCAGUUGGGCAAUGACGUCAUGUUCUUGAAGCAGGGAACGUACGUCGACCGACGCCAGCAGUCCAGCCCUCGGCUCAACAUCCGUAACAUGUUUUCUGGUAAACAGGACAUCAGGCCUGAUGAUGAUGAUGAUGAGGUAGACACUGUUUCCCGGGCUCUCAGUGAUCCAGGACUGUAUGAUGCUGCAUACUCCGAAAUAAGUACAGACUCUGGUCGGGACUCUUUGUUCAACCGCCCAGGACUCGGUACCAUGGUAUUCCGUCGGAAUUAUGUAACGGAUGGGUUGUUCCAAAUGGGACGGAAUGAGGGCAGUGUGGUGGGGAGUGAACCAGUGGGACGAGCCCCGAAUGUCCGCUUACGGGGGAGAUUGCCGCUGCGAUCACCCAGUCUUGACGAGGUCAGCUUAGGCAGCUCAUUGAGUCUUCAAGAGAAGAACUUGCAGGAUUUGCCAUGGGAGGAAGGAGACCUGGGUUUGGAGGAGGAGGAUGACGAGCUUCAGUCAUCGUCGGGUCCUUUAGAAGUAUUCCUGGCAUCUCAGGGACUGAGUGACUUCCUUUCAAUUUUCCAUAGAGAGCAGAUGGACCUGGAGGCGUUGCUGUUGUGUUCUGAGCAAGACCUCAUUAGCAUCCAUAUCCCACUCGGACCUCGCAAAAAACUAAUUGAUGCAUGCAGUAGACACAACAAUGCUCUGGACGAUGCUGAUGGCAUGAAGGACACAAUGUUGUAGAGUAUGUGUAUGUCUGUUACUGACUGUUCAAAAACCUAGUGUACUUUCUUACUGCCUGCAUAAGCGGCUGUUUGGGAUGUAACUGCAUCCUUGUGUUUACAUAGGCAGAAACUCAACAAUGCCACACAAAUAGUAAUUCAUGCAGAGUCCAUGGGAUACUUAUCCAUUUCCCCCAUGUAUUGGACAAGUCUUCCAGUAUUUCUGUCACCUGGAUGUAUCUUUUUCUCUGAGCUUGUUACAUUCUAAGAUUGCUUUCUCUGUAAAGCAUACAUGCAAUGCUGCCAGGGAAUUUGGCCAAAACCGUAAUUAUGAAAAAAUAUAAUUGUAUUGUUUACUAAAUGUUCAUCCCCAGUCUUAAAGUAUGUUUACAUUAUCAAAAUAAUAAUUUAGCGACAUUAUACAGGCAUAUGUUCUUGAUAUUUAAAAAAAAUAUAUGAUUUGGCUUUUGUGUUUUUUUUUUU